AUUUGCCCAAUGCUUUCAGGUUAGGGUUUCUAACCAAAAAUUUCAUUUGGAGUGUUUUGUAAACUUGUCUCCACUUGUUCAUUUUAUAAUGUUGCCACUGUCGCUUCUUCGGACAGCCCAAAAUCAUCCAAUGUUGGUGGAAUUGAAAAAUGGCGAAACAUACAAUGGACAUUUGGUGAGCUGCGACAACUGGAUGAACAUAAAUCUCAGGGAAGUCAUCUGUACGUCUCGGGAUGGCGAUAAAUUUUGGCGGAUGCCAGAAUGUUAUAUCAGAGGUAGUACUAUAAAAUAUCUUCGUAUCCCAGAUGAAGUAAUUGACAUGGUCAAAGAGGACACCAUGAUAAAGAAUAAACAAGUGAGAGAACAAAAAGGAGGCAGGGGAGGACAGAAUCAAAGAAAUAGACCUGCUGCCAGAGGCAAUUUUGGAGGAAGAGCCGGUAAGCCUGGUGGUCAACCAAAACCCUUCCAGAAGCAAAAACCAAAAUAAUGGACUUAUGAUUGAAGUUUAAAUAUAUUUAAUUUUUUUACCAAGGUUUAAUUUAGAUUUUGUGAAUAGUGAUUGAUUAACUUAUUGAUCCAAAUAAAUAAUUACCACAUUAAAUUACCA